GAGCUGGCACGUCUAGAUUCCUGGACACCACCAUGGCGAUUGGCCUGGCAGCUCUGGGGCUCCUCGCUUUCCUGCUCGGCUGCUCCGGAACCUUUGUCGAACCCCAAAACUCGGAGCGAACCGCCAAGUGCUCCCUGACUGGCAGAUGGGUGAAUGACAGGGGCGCCAAGAUAGUCAUCAGCCACAACAUUAAUGGGGUGUUCAGCGGCGUCUACGUGGCGGCCCCAAGUGCCACCAACAAGACCAUCCCGCCACUCAUGCUGCAGGGCAUCCAGCACCUGGAUCCUCAACCCACUUUUGGCUUCAUUCUCAAGUCAAACAUCUCUGCCUUCACCACUGUCUUUGUGGGCCAGUGUUUCCAAGAUGAGAACAGAGAGGAGCAGCUGGAGACAGCCUGGCUGCUGCAAAGAAACUUGCCAUCCGCGGCAGAAAAUUGGAAGGCAACCAGUGUUGGCACGGACACCUUCAAGAGGGUGAAGAGAGCCAGCCUUCCAUUGUUUCUGCGUUUGGGGGGAAAUGGGGAGGAUGACCCUUCCUACUUUACCCAUGAGACCCUCUUCUCCAAUAAAAUGUUUCUAUGAGUA